CGUCACACUCCCAACAACCGUGUUUUGUUUAAAAGUCUCAGUGAGUAGCUUGAGCUUCUCAGUUGUAAUUCCAAUGGCGAUUCGAGUGUGUUUGUUGUUGAUUUUAGUUGCGAGGUCUGUUUGUGUGGUUGUGGAAUCGAAGUAUAUGGUGUAUAAUACUUCACAAGGUGUAGUUCCGGGGAAGCUGAAUGUUCAUAUGGUUCCUCACUCGCACGACGAUGUUGGUUGGUUGAAGACUAUUGAUCAGUACUAUGUCGGUUCCAACAACACCAUUCAGGGGGCGUGUGUUCAAAAUGUAUUAGAUUCAUUAAUUCCGGCAUUGUUGGCUGAUAAAAAUCGGAAGUUCAUUUUCGCUGAACAGGCAUUUUUCCAGCGAUGGUGGAGGGACCAGAGCGAGGCAGUCCAGAGUAUAACCAAGCAGUUUGUCAGCUCGGGUCAACUAGAGUUGAUAAAUGGUGGUUGGUGCAUGCAUGAUGAGGCGACCUCACAUUAUAUUGACAUGAUAGAUCAGACAACACUUGGGCACCGGUUUAUCAAAGAGGAGUUCAAUGUGACUCCAAGAGUUGGUUGGCAGAUUGAUCCCUUUGGUCAUUCUGCAGUGCAGGCUUACCUUUUGGGGGCAGAGGUUGGAUUUGACUCAUUUUUCUUCGCGCGAAUUGACUACCAAGACAGAGAUAAGCGAAAAAAUGAGAAGAGCCUUGAGGUUGUCUGGCAGGGCUCUAAGAGUUUUGGUUCAUCUGCACAGAUUUUUGCUGGUGCAUUCCCUGAGAAUUAUGAACCACCAAAAGGUUUCUAUUUCGAAGUUAAUGAUGUUACUGAUGAUUCCCCUGUUGUCCAGGAUGAUAUCAAUUUGUUUGAUUACAAUGUCCCAGAGCGCAUUAACGAUUUUGUAGCUGCUGCUUUGGCACAGGCUAACAUAACUCGUACAAAUCACAUAAUGUUUACCAUGGGCACAGAUUUCAAGUAUCAAUAUGCUCACACAUGGUUCCGGAAUAUGGACAAGCUAAUUCAUUAUGUCAAUCAGGAUGGGCGUGUCAAUGCACUAUAUUCAACCCCAUCAAUUUACACUGACGCAAAAUAUGCAGAAAGCAAAUCCUGGCCACUUAAGACGGAUGACUUCUUUCCAUAUGCAGACCGUAUAAAUGCUUACUGGACGGGAUUUUUUACAAGUAGGCCUGCUCUGAAAGGCUAUGUGAGAAUGAUGAGUGGCUACUAUUUGGCUGCAAGGCAAUUGGAGUUUUUUAGAGGGAGGAGUGAAACAGGGCCCACUACCAACAGUUUGGCUGAUGCUUUGGCAACUGUUCAACAUCAUGAUGCAGUUACUGGAACUGAAAAGCAGCAUGUGGCUGAUGAUUAUGCAAAACGGCUGUCAAUAGGCUACAAGGAGGCUGAGGAGUUAGUUGCAGCUUCACUUGCUUGUAUGAUAGAAUCACCAACAAAAUCUGGAUGCAAGAGUCCUGUGACAAAGUUUCAGCAGUGCCCACUUCUGAACAUAACUUAUUGUCCUGCAACAGAAGUUGAUCUAUCUCUUGGGAAAAAAAUGGUUGUCGUUGUCUACAAUUCCCUGGGGUGGAAAAGAGAUGAUGUUGUCCGAAUUCCUGUGAUCAACAAGAAUGUCAUUGUUCAGGAUUCCAGUGGAAAAGAAGUUGAAUCACAGCUUGUACCAAUUGCUAAUGUUUCUCUAGGCAUGAGAAACUACCUUGUUACUGCAUAUGUUGGUAAAUCUCCAAGUGCGAACACCACGUGUUGGCUUGCAUUUACAGCAUCUGUUCCACCUCUUGGUUUUAGCACUUACGUCAUCUCAACUGCUAAACGGACAGAUGCAGCCUCUACUUCAGUGACACAAACAUCAUACAAGGUCACGGGAAGUCAGAAUGACACUAUAGAAGUAGGGCCAGGAAAUUUGAAGCUUAUUUAUUCUGCAAAUGAAGGAAAACUUACUCAAUAUGUUAAUACAAGAAGUUCGGUCAAAUCAUCUAUGGAGCAAUCAUACAGCUAUUAUUCUGCAUAUGAUGGAAGUCAGGAUCUUGAGUAUUUUCAGGCCUCCGGAGCUUACGUCUUUCGUCCAAACGGUUCAUUCCCCAUUGCAUCUAAUGGGCAGAUUACUUUUACAGUGUUGCGCGGACCAAUAUUUGAUGAAGUUCAUCAGAGCUUUGGUUCAUGGAUACAACAGAUCACUAGAGUGUACAAGGAAAAGGAACAUGCUGAAGUUGAAUUCACUGUUGGCCCUAUACCUAUUGAUGAUGGAAUUGGAAAAGAGAUUGUUACCCAGGUUACAACAGCCAUGAAAAGCAAUAAGACAUUUUAUACAGAUUCUAGUGGACGUGAUUUCCUUGAAAGGAUUCGAGAUUAUAGAGCUGACUGGAACCUUGAAGUGAACCAACCUGUUGCAGGAAACUACUACCCUAUUAAUCUUGGAAUUUACAUGAAAGAUGACAGCAAAGAGUUCUCAAUCUUGGUAGAUAGAUCUGUGGGUGGGUCCAGCAUUGUGGAUGGGCAACUGGAGUUGAUGCUCCAUAGGAGAUUGGUUCAUGAUGAUUCUAGAGGAGUUGCAGAGGCUUUAAAUGAAACAGUUUGUAUUCAUGACGAAUGCACUGGAUUAACAGUCCAAGGAAAGUAUUAUCUCAGAAUUGAUCCUCUGGGAGAAGGAGCUAAGUGGCGUCGAUCAUUUGGUCAGGAGAUAUAUUCUCCCUUUCUGUUGGCCUUCACCGAGCAGGAUGGAGAUAAGUGGACAAACUUUCAAGUACCAACCUUUUCAGGGAUGGACCCCUCCUACAGUCUGCCUGAAAAUAUUGCAAUGAUAACCCUCCAGGAGCUUGAAGACAGAAAAGUUCUCCUUCGGUUGGCACACUUAUAUGAGGUCGGCGAGGACAAGGAUCUCUCAGUUACCUCAAGUGUAGAAUUGAAAAAAAUGUUUCCGGAUAAAAAGAUAAACAAAAUUACAGAAAUGAGUUUAUCAGCUAAUCAAGAAAGAGAAGAAAUGUUAAAGAAAAGAUUGGUUUGGAAAGUAGAAGGAGCUCGGGAUGAAGAAUUCAAAGUUUUGAGAGGAGGUCCUGUCGAUCCUAUAAAGCAGGUGGUGGAACUUGCCCCGAUGGAAAUUCGCACCUUCGUUAUCAACUUCACUUCACCCCCGGCUUCACUUACAAAAGGUCAUGUGUUGUAAGGUAAGCUGCUUGCAAUGGGUUGGUUAAAUUUUUAACAUAUCCUUGUUGAUAACAGUACACAAUUUUUUUCAGGUUUUCCAAUACCAAAUGGCAUAAGCUUCUCUCUCUAUUCGAUUGUGAAAGGGAAUAAUGAUUUACGUGCGAUGAUUUCACGUGUUUUGUGAAGCUUCAGCAUUUCUUCUGAAACCUCAUGUCUCCUUUUCAUGUGAUUUUGGAGGAAAACAAUAAUCAUGAGGUCAAUAAUGUUUAAAGAAAUCAUGUAGUUUAAGAUUUAUUGACAGUUGGCUGCUGGUUGUUAUUGGAUUUUAUGUGGGUGUAAAAAAAAAGUUUAUGUACACUGUAGUUCAACAUGUUGGCUGUUGCUUGGUGCUUGCACAACCUCAUGAAA